AUGCAUCGCACCCAUCCCACAGCCUCAUACCUAGGUGCAUCAGGAUGUUUUAUGUCACCUGACCCAACCACAUGGUCAUCUUCACUUUUGGAUGCUCCUCGUCUGCCAAAAGAUGAUGUUUCUGGGAAGAAUCCUGCUUUGCGUGGUGUGAGUGUCAGUCUGGAGACUGCAGGAUUGUGGGAGACAUUUAACCAUCUAGGGACAGAGAUGAUUGUUACAAAGGCAGGAAGGAGAAUGUUUCCACUAUUCCAGGUCCGCCUUUGGGGGAUGGAUCCAGCUUCCGAAUAUUCUCUGCUUCUUGACUUUCUGCCAGUAGGAGACAAGAGAUACAGAUAUGCUUUUCACUCCUCUUCCUGGCUAGUUUCGGGUCCAGCAGAUCCAGCACCACCUGGUCGUCUUCACUUCCACCCAGACUCCCCAGCAAGAGGAUCACACUGGAUGAGGCAGACUGUUUCCUUUGACAGACUUAAAAUUACCAACAAUGCACAAGAUAUGAGAGGACAUAUAAUUCUGAACUCCAUGCACCGAUACCAACCAAGGCUCCAUGUCUUGCUCUCUGAUCGCCACAGAGGUGGGGAAUCACGUGCUGAUCAGAACUUUGUCACUUUUGUAUUCCCUGAAACCCAAUUCACAGCUGUUACAGCUUAUCAAAAUCAGAGGAUAACACAGUUGAAGAUUGCCAGUAACCCAUUUGCUAAAGGGUUCAGAGACUCAGAAGGCAAUGAAUGGUCACUCAGCCAUAGUCCAGUAGCUGUACGAUUACACGUGAACAACAAUGAAGAGAGAGAUGGCACAAUUUGGGCUCCUGCGUCAUCUUUUUCCCAAAGUCCUGUGUCCUCAAGCCAAAACUCAUGCAGUACCCUAUCUGACGAACCCCAGUUAUGUUGCUACCAUGAAUAUGAACUGUAAAACAAGAGACAAGCACUCUAAAUAUCAAGUAAAAUUAUUUAUAGUGCCAACAUAUCCGCAGUGCUGUACAACAGGAAACAAGAAGACUUCUAACAACACGUAUAAGGCAUACUGGAACAGCAGGUGAAGAGGACCCUGCCUAAACAAGUUUUUAAACUAAAGGACCAGAUUUUAUAUGAACAGCUCUGCUAAUAUUUACUUUUAUUGCAAAUUAAUUUGUUAAAUGUAGUAAAUUAUUUUGAUCAGAAAAAUGUAAUAAAUGAUGCUACAUCUAAUUUCUUUAAAAUGUAAGAAAAUCUGAAUGCAAGAAGCAACCUGAUUAUUCUAUAUCCCAAAUUGCUACAUGCAUUGUAAUGUCAACUAUAAAAGUAUUGUGAUUAAUGCAUUAUGUACUAUACAGAUCUAUGAUAAUUUCUGCCUUAUCCAUACCUUUAAACAAUAAAUAUGUUGAAAAGCAAA